AUGCGGCCAUCUCGACCGGGGUCGCCGGCUCUGUUUGCCACGGCCCCAGACGCAUUCAUGGACCUCGUCAGCUCGGUCGUCAUGCUCAUCACCUCGUGGAUGGGAGCACGGCCCAAGCUGGCCAAGUUCCCCGUCGGGCGCAAACGCGUCGAGACCGUGGGCAUCAUCCUCUUCUGCGCCCUGAUGACGACGGUCGCCGUGCAGCUGAUCAUCGAGUCCGCCCGCGCCCUCGGCCGUGGGGCCCGAGACACAGAAUCGCUGGCCAUCAUCCCCAUCGCGUUCGUCUCGACGGCCAUGUUUUCCAAGGCGUGUCUCUUUGUGUACUGCUUCCUCCUGCGCCGGUACCCCGCGGCACGGAACUUCAUGAUCGACCACCGCAACGACAUUGCCGUCAACCUGUUCGGCCUGACCAUGUCGACCGUCGGCAGCCGCUUCAACAAGGUAUGGUACCUCGAUCCCGUGGGCGCCAUCUGCAUCGCACUGCUGAUCCUGUGA